AUGACGCGCAGAUCAGAGAGAGAGUUGGGUUUUUCUGAGAGAUUGGGUUUGGCUGUGUAUCGAAGUAAGAAGCGAAUGAAGAAGAUAGAGGCAUUGAUAAGAGGGCAAUUAGACGCUGAAACGCCCUCUGUGAGCUUCGAAGUGAUUGUGUACACGGGGAGCGAUCUGAUUUGGACUCAGUGCAACCCUUGCAAGGACUGCUUCUCUCAGCCUACGCCAAUCUUCGACCCCUCCAAGUCGUCCACAUUUUCCACAAUUCCGUGCGGUGAUUCUCUUUGUGACGCCUUGGGGAGUACACAAACCGGAUGCAAUCCAGAUUGUACCUUUAUGUAUCAGUAUGGCGAUGGUUCCUUCACCAGCGGCGACCUGGCUUACGAGACAUUGUCAAUUGGGAGCAGCAAGGUUAAAGGCAUUGCAUUUGGAUGCGGGCAUGACAAUGAAAGACAAGGAUUCUCUCAGGGUGGUGGCCUUGUGGGACUGGGAAGAGGUGGUCUCUCCCUUAUCUCACAGCUGGGUUCCAAAGUAGAGAACAUGUUCUCUUACUGUCUUUUGCCCAUCACAGACUCUUCUUCACAAACCAGCCCCCUCUUUUUCGGCGAGGGUGCUUCCUUGAGCGGAGGAGCCAAGACUCUCCCACUCAUCAAGAGCAGUAUCAUUCCCACUUUCUGGUACAUUCCUAUUACAGGAAUCACCCUCAAUGGUAAGGCACUAGAUAUUCCUCCUGGAACUUUUGAUCUGCAAUCGGACGGCAGCGGAGGUAUGAUCAUCGACUCCGGAACCACUGUUACCAUUCUGUCCGCCAUUGAUCUCACUCCUGUAGACGGGUCCUCUACAGGUUUGGAUCUUUGA